CACCAGUCAGAGCCAUUGAACAGCGACUGUACUAAUCAUUUGUCAGCUGUUCAACGUUCAAAAGCUUGAGCGAUCACAGCAACCAGUGAAAUAAAGCUGUCGUCAUAGCAACAGCUUUAUUGUUUGAAUUUUCCGUUGAUCAAGUUCCCAGUAUAACUACACAGUGUUUAUUGAUUUAUUUUCUACUUUGUAGUGUCAAUUUUUGUAGUGGAAAAUCAUAGAAAUGUCUGGAGACGUUGGAGAGCGUUUGAUUUUUGAGGCUGAGUGGUUUGAUGGGGUGGCAGGAUUCACUAAGCGAUUCUAUCUCUAUUAUUAUCCAGCUGAUAAUACUAUAGAACUAUUUGACAUAAGGAGUAGAAAGACCUUCCUCAGGAGGACAAAAUGCGAGGCCGUUGGUCUCAAAGAUUUAUACGUCGGAAAUGUUGUGACAAUAUUUUCGAGGCCAAUGAAAAUUACUGAUGUGGCUGAUUGUUUCACCAAGAGCAAAUUAGGAGUCACCAUACAAAAGACAUUUGGAAUUCUGAAGCCAGAUGUGAUCAAUAAAAUGGGAGAGAUAUUAAAUACCAUCACAGCCCAUGAUCUUCACAUUGCUAAUAUAAAGAUGGUUAAACUCUCAGAGCACGAUGUGGAACGGCUGUAUGCAGGUGAUGAUAAUCUGGGCUCCAUCAAAUUGUAUUUAACAUCCGGUCCGGUAGUUUUACUGGCGUUAUUAGGAAAUAACGCAGUUACACGCUGGAGAGAAUUAAUUGGUCCUGCAGAUAGUAUCAAAGCAAGAGGAGAAGCGUCAAAUUCCCUGAGAGCUCUCUACGGUAAAGACGCUAUUUCCAAUGGAUUUCAUGGCUCCUCAAGCCCGGAAACAGCUGAAAAGGAAUUGGAGAUGUUCUUUACCAGUGUCAAAUCAGAAAAGAGUCCUUUGAAAAACACAGCAACAAUGCAUAACUGUACAUGCUGUAUUAUUAAACCCCACGCAGUGCAGGGACGACUGACCGGGAAUAUUGUGUGCGAUAUACAGAAGGCUGGCUUCACAAUAUCAGCGAUUCAGAGGUUUCACGUUGAUCCCAUUAAUGCUGAAGAAUUUUUGGAGAUUUACAAAGGGGUGUUGAGUGAUCAUGGCGCCAUGGUGGCUGAACUCCAAUCAGGUCCGUGUAUAGCAAUGGAGAUAACUCACAAAGAUGAGAGUGUGAAUGUUCCGGUCGAUUUUAGAAAACUCUGUGGACCAAUGGACCCGAACAUUGGAAAACAAGUACGACCGAAUACUCUCCGUGCGAAAUAUGGAAAAACAAAGGUGCAGAAUGCCGUCCACUGCUCUGACCUACCUGACGAUGGACUCCUCGAGGUGGAAUAUUUUUUCAAAAUUCUCGAUGAUGGAAACAGCUGAAAAAUGUGUCAACGAAUUAAAUGUGUGGUGUGCCCAUAAAAUUAUUGCUGAUACUGCACAUCAGUGUUGACUUACUCAGAAGCCAAUAAAAAAACAGG